UGUCAUAAUUUGAGUUUACCAAUAAUAAAAAAAUGGAAAAUAAUAUAUUUAAUGGUGUAAAUAAUCAUUUUUCAACUGAUGAAGAAAAAUUUAAAAUUAAAGAAGAAUUACAUAGUGAUCUUAUUGAAAAUAUUCAUUUAUUUAAAAGUGAAAGUGAUUCAAAGGAACAUGAAUCAAUAAAAGAAGAAAAUAAUACAACGAAGGAUCAAGCAGCAAUUAAAAAGGAAAUACGAGAUGAAGAUAUUACAACAAAACACAAAGGAAUUGAUUUAAAUGAAGAGUUUUUCCUGGAUAAACAUAAAAAAAUUAAACUUGAACAUCAAUUAAAUACAGAAGCUAUAAUAAAGACUGAAAUAUUUGAUGAACAUGCUUUAGAACAUCAAUCAAUUCAAAAUGAAGACAAGAAUAUUUCAUGUGACGUUUGUGAUAAAAGAUUUGCUCAUAAAAGCAGUUUAAUUGUACAUAAACGAAGUGUACAUAAUGGAGAAAAAUCUUUUUCUUGUGAAGUUUGUGAUAAAUCAUUUUCUAAGCGAACUAAUUUAGAAACACAUAAACGGACUCAUACUGGAGAAAAACCUUUUUCUUGUGAAGUUUGUGAUAAAUCAUUUUCUCAGCGAUCCAAUUUAGAAACACAUAAACGGACUCAUUCUGGAGAAAAACCUUUUUCUUGUGAAGUUUGUGAUAUAUCAUUUUCUACGCGAAACAGUUUAGAAACACAUAAACGGACUCAUAAUGGAGAAAAACCUUUUUUCUGUCACAUUUGUGAUAGAUCAUUUACUUAUCAAAACGGUUUAGAUAAUCAUAAACGGACUCAUAUUGGAGAAAAAUUGGUAAAACCUCUUUCUUGUGAAGUUUGUGAUAAAUCAUUUUCUACGCAAACCAAUUUAGUAACACAUAAACGGACUCAUACUGGAGAAAAGCGGGUAAAACCUUUUUCUUGUGAAGUUUGUGAGAAAUCAUUUUCUACGCGAAUCAAUCUAGUAACACAUAAACGGACUCAUACUGGGGGAAAAUCGGUAAAAUCUUUUUCUUGUGAAGUUUGUGAUAAAUCAUUUAUUCAGCGAAGCAGUUUAGAAACACAUAAACGGACUCAUACUAAAGAAAAGCCUUUUUCUUGUGAAGUUUGUGAGAAAUCAUUUUCUACGCGAAACAAUUUACAAACACAUAAACGGACUCAUACUGGAGAAAAACCUUUUUCCUGUCACAUUUGUGAUAAAUCAUUUACUUAUCAAAACAGUUUAGAUAAUCAUAAACGGACUCAUACUGGAGAAAAACCGGUAAAACCUUUUACUUGUGAAGUUUGUGAUAAAUCGUUUACUCAGAAGAUCACUUUAGAAGUUCAUAAACGGACUCAUAGUAAAGAAAAACCUUUUUCUUGUGACGUUUGUGAUAAAUCAUUUACUCAGCAAUGCAGUUUAAAAACUCAUAAGUAUACUCAUACUAAAGACAAACCAUUUUCUUGUGAAGUUUGUGAUAAAUCAUUUUCUCAGCGAUCCAAUUUAGUAACACAUAAACGGAUUCACACAGGAGAAAAACCUUUUUCUUGUGAAGUUUGUUAUAAAUCAUUUUCUACGCGAAUCAAUUUAGAAACACAUAAACGGAAUCAUAUUGGAGAAAAACCUUUUUCCUGUCAAAUUUGUGAUAAAUCAUUUUCUGGUCAAAACGAAUAA